AUGCGGAGACGAGGAAACCGCGGAGGAGCAUGGGCGUUCUGGCUCCUGGCGGAAAGCGGGCUCUUUCUCCUCUUGGCGCAACCCGCGGAGAGCGCAGCGGCGCAUCUUGCGCUCAGCGCUCCGAGGGCGGGGAAGGGUGGGGUAGGCGGGAGGGAUCCGCAGGCAUGGGCGGAAGGCGAGGGGGAGACGGUCGGGCGAGUGGGGGAGAUGGAAGCGGAGCUCGAGGGGGGGAUUUCUGGAUUGGAGGAAAGAGGGGGGUUGGGGCGAGCAGUUGGGGGGGAGAGGGGUGGCGGAAUGUCAACGAGGGGCGGAGCGAGAGGAGGGGAAGGGAAGGCAACAGAUGAAUCAACCGAGAUUCGGCAGGAAUGGGGCUAUGCCGUAUCCUUCAAGGAGAAGCAGCAGCAGCUUAAGAAUCUCAAGGCACAGAGCCGCUGCAACGCCCACCCCAAGCUCUUCCGCACGUGGCUGUGGGAGAGCGCCUUCCAGGAAGGUUCCCUUGCGUGGGUGCCACAGCCUGGGAAGUACAUUCUCAUGGAUUGCCAGAGGAGCCAGGUGGGCUGGAUGCGGUUGAGUGGGGCUGGACUGGGUGUGGGUGGGAUUGAGUGGGGCUGCGUGGGGCUGGAUGGGGCUGGGUGGAGGUGCAUUCGGCGGCAUCUGCUCCUGGCAGGCAUGCUCAAUCGCACGCUCGUGAUGCCCUUAAAGCCCGACGAGGUCGCCCGCUUCUACGACCGCCGCACCUUCCUGCAUCUGCCGCACCUGCACAGCUGCUACGGGCCCCGCUCCGCCAUCCCGCUCCACCAGCUUCGGGAGGAGGUUCGGGGGGCAGUGGUGAGCGGAAGCAGUAAGAGCGCAGCAGCGGGACAAGGGAAAGGGGAGGCGGGAGGUGGUGGGGGAGAGGAGGCAGAGUCUGCAGGAGAGUCUGCUGCUGUUUCUGAGGCGCCUCAGGAGCCGGAAGACGAGGGGAGUGAGAUGGAAGGUGCAGUGAUGGUGCAACAGGUACUGUGUCCAUAUGAGGCAUGCUACAUGCAGCCAUGGACGAACAAGCCUUCCUUGCUCCCGGAGCUAGAGGGCGUGAUAUACCACAACAUGACAUGGACUGCUCUCAACAUGCCUCUUUCUCACUUAUUCACUCUCUCGGAUCUUCGCUCCUUGGGAAGUUCGCUGCUGCCGUCUGCUGACGUUGUGCUGUUUGGGGACUCGUACCAGUGGAACCUUCAGGGAAACAUCUCAAAGAGUGUGGGGCUGCCGUUUGGGAGUAGUGAUAGUGGUAGUGGUGGUGAAUCAAAGGGUGGUGAGUGUGCGAAUCGGCUUGCAGUGCAGCCGCACCCAGCAGUGCUGGAAGCAGCCUUGGGAUUCGUGCAGCAGGUCAUCUGGAAAUCGCCUGAUGCUGCAUUGCCAGAGGGCAUCACAGCAGCAGCCGAUGCCUCUGCAGUGCCUUUCACCGCUGCUGUCGCUGCAGCUGGGCCUAGCAAGAACAGUGCGGCAGAGGCUGGAGCAACUCAGCAGCAGGGCAGUGUGAGGGAACAGAGGCAGCCGCAGCGGUACCUGGCUGUGCACUGGCGGAGGGGGGAUCUGCUGCUGCUGUAUCAAAAGAUUCUGGCGUUUCUUACGGUGGAGAACACUGGGAGAUGCAUUGCGGAGAGGAUGGUGAGGUCGGGGAAUAUUUCCACGGUGUUCCUUGCAACGGAUGCCGAUGAGGAAGAGGUGGGGCAGCUGAAAGGAGUCGUCCACGGUUAUCUGCCCGGGGUGGAAAUUGUGCAACUGCCCGAGGAGCUGACCGGACAACCUUGGGCGAAGGUGCUUGAUCCGUUUCGGUUUCAGAACCAGGCGUUGCUCCGGGCGAGCCUUGACAAGGCUGUCUGUGUGCUGGCUGAUGUUUUUAUGGGAACGCCUAAGUCUUCGUUUUCGACUGAUAUUGUGAGGCUGAGAACAGGGUUCAGAAUAUCUACAUGCGAAGAUGAGUACAUAUGUGAAAGCAUGCUAGGAUAG